UGGUGCUCGGGGCAGACAGGUGGAGGUAGAUAGGGUGUCUCGGCAAAUUGUUCCGCUGCUCCUUUCUACUGCAGCAGCGCGCACUGCUGCCUGCAGUGAGGCUCAAUUACCGUUGUAGACUACAACGGUAAUCAAAAAUGAGUAUGUAUGGAUCCCAAAAGGGGAUUAACAGCAAUCGCAAGGGCUCGGCAAGGAGUGACGUGACUGGAGGUGGAAACUACCAGUACACACGCAGCGAGGCCGGACAAGGCGGCGGUAAUGGAUACGGGCCUGCAGACCCCUUCAUCGACGCAUACUCCUACACCUUUUCUUCUGGAGGUGGUGCAGGGGGUAGCGGACAUGGGGGCUCUGGCCUGCACCAGAAGGCCAUGAUCCUGCAGGAGCAAUGUCAGGAUUUCCUGAGGAAGGCGGAACACGCCAUACAAACUGGUGGGGAUGCAGAGCGCUUCAUGGCCAUGGCCAGGGAGACCAUAGAUCAGCUGAAGGGCUGUGCGAGCCAACUACGACAGAUCGGCCAACCCAAUGACAAUGUGGUCAGAAGUGUUGAGGUGUGCAGGGACCAGCUGAAGGGAGUCCACAUGGCCAUCAGUGAGACCCUGCAUAGGAGAAGGAAGAGCACCCGAGGCAACUCGGGAGUCUGGGAGGAUCCCGGACGGACUUACGUGGAUGCGAUGGGCUGGAUUGGACAACAGAAGCGUUUGAUCGAGACCUCUCCUUGGGGAGACGACCAGGAGACUCUCCAACAGCAGCUGGUCAAACACCAGAUGUUCCACAGCUCCAUCCAGAGGAGUGAUGAGAUGGACCGCGCAAGGGAUGAGCUGCAUCAAAAUGGCGACAAGGCUAGCCUCAAUGCCCUGGACCAGGAAUGGGACAGCCUCCAGAAAAUGUCCUUCAGUCGGAGCGAGUGGCUGCAAGAGCUGCAACUGAUCAUCGAGGACAUCUCCAAGGAAAUCAUGUGGGUGAACUACAGGGAGGAGGAGGAGCUGGUCUUCGAUUGGGGAGAAAGAAACAUUGACCUGUACAUCCCUAAGAAGCAGGAGAGCUACUCUCAAUUGAUGAGUGCCCUGGAAGGGAAGGAGAGGGACCUGAAUAGACUCAAGGUCAAAGUAGACGUGGCCCUGAAAAACAACCACCCCGCCUCGGACAAGAUCGAGGCCUACAUGGACACUCUGCAGACACAGUGGAGCUGGCUCCUGCAGAUCACCAAGUGCAUUCAUGUCCAUCUGAAGGAGAAUGCAGCCUACAGCCAGUUCUUCAAGGAGGCGAAUGAGACGUACGGUGCACUGCAGAAGGAACAUGAGACCAUACGCAAGAAGUUCACCUGUGACAAGGACACCUCCCUGGACAGCCUGCUCGAGCUGCUCGCGGAACUAGAGAAAGAAAAGGAAAAAAUCCUGGAGAACAAGAGGCAGGUCCAGCACCUGGUCAACAUGUCCAAGAGCAUCGUGAGGCUGAAGCCCAGGAACCCCGAGGAGAAGAGCAGCAGCACCGUCAUCGUGCGAGCCCUCUGUGACUUCAAACAAGACCAGAAAGUAAUCUGUAAGGACAACGAGGGCAUCCUUAAGGACAACAGCCAGCGCAGCAAGUGGCAGGUGACUGGACCAGGUGGCCUGGACAUGCUGGUGCCCUCUGUCUGCCUGCUGGUCCCACCUCCAAACCCCAUCUCUAUCUCCAUGGCCAAGAAGAAUGACCAGUACUACGAGGCAAUUCUCUCCAUAUGGAACCAGCUUUACAUCAACAUCAAGAGCCUCAUCUCGUGGCAGUACUGUUGCAUGGAUAUUGAAAACAUAAACUCACUCACCGUCGCCAUGCUGUCUCGAAUGUCUUCUGAGGAAUACCGCAGCCUGAUUAAACAAUUGGAGACUCACUAUGCAGAGUUUAGAGUCAACUCCCAUGGCUCCCAGAUGAUUGAAGAGGAGGACUUGAUGACCAUUGAAAGCCAGUACAAUGGAGCCCAGAAUCACUAUGAGCAACUGGUGGUGCAAUUGCCUUCCUACACCCAGUAUGCCUCAACAGACUACGCUGUACAGCUACAAAACAUCGAACCACAGAAGGUUGAACCGAAAUGGCAACUGGUACACCAACCAAUGUAUCUUAUUCAGCAGCCAUGCCAGCAGGUAGUCAUCCAGGAGGAGCAGCAGAUACGAAUGGAGAGGAUGGAAAGGAUGAGGGAGGUGGAGGAGGAGGAGGAAAGAAGGAGAGUGGAAAUAAGGAGACUAGAGGAGAAUAGAAGGAUGGAGGAGGAGGCCAGGAAGAGGGAGGAGGCAUUGAUGCUAGAGGAGGAGAUGAGGCAGAGGGAGCAGGCGAAGAGACGGGAGGAGGAGAGGAGAAGGACGGAGGAGGCAGCAAGGAAGAGGGAGGAG